AUGUACCGACUAUUAAAUCUGCUAUUCUCUGAUGAAUUCGCCACGCGUUUCAGUCAGUCGGAAGAUCACCUGGUAAAUCCUCUCCACUUUGAAGACGACUUCUUCAAAGACAUUGAUCCCUCAGUGACUAAAGCCCUUUCAGCGAAAAAGCUUUUCGAGAUGUGGAAGGACGUCAAUAAGCACUACAUUGUUGCUGAAAAGAAGUUCACAACAUCAGUCCAGCACGAAAACGAGUUCAGAAAUUUGUUCAAGGCCGUGGAUACGUACUCUACUUGCAAAAAUGGCUGA